AUGAAUUUUCCAACGGGAUUUUCUGAAGAAACGAAAAAACAAGUCGCUAUGUGGCGUGAUAUUAUUCAAAAUAAACAUAAGGAUGAUGACGAUGAAUUUUUUUGUACCGACCCAUUAUUAAUCAUUGAAUAUAAUCAACCGGGUCUCAUAAGCCGAAAUAUCACGGAAAAUAACGUUGGAGCAGUGAUCAGAGGAACUCCAUACUAUACUCCUAUCGCAUAUCCAAAGGCAAACCUGACACAAUCAAAUUCUGUAUUCGCAUUUAACGAUAUGCAGACAAUGGAGAAUGCUAUCACACAAUUAUAUGAUAACUAUCAUAAUAGU